UCCUAUUACCAGCACAAUAUACCAGGCACUUUUUGUCUCUGGUCAGGAAAGAAGGUGGCAGAGAGGAAAAGACAGAAGGUUUGCCUAUAGAAAGUUUCUGUAUUUCUGUAGGAGGGGUAAACAAUCAAGCUUUGGGAAAGACCGGGUUGGUUUUCUCUCUAAUUAUUUUUGUUUAUUACAUUAAAUCAAACUUUUAUUUAGGACUUCUACUCUGAUGCCCCUCUACUAGAAACCUGAUGGAACUGCAUGAAUGCUAAAGCAGCCGAGGAGGCACAACUGUGAGUGAAAGUGUGAUUUUUUUAUUUUUUUGAACGUUUUUAGUUGCUUGACAAGAACAUGCACAUCACCUGGCUUUUGCUGCUGGGAUCUCUGGGACUGGCAUCCCUGGCAAUUGCCGAGAAGGGCCUCGAAUUCCCACAUUACGAUGGCAAAGACCGUGUCCUGGACAUAGAUGAGAAGAACUACCGCAAAGCUCUGAAGAAAUAUGACAUGUUGUGCCUAUACUACCAUGCUCCUCCACCAACUACAAAAGAGCUGCAGAGACAGUUUCAAAUGACUGAACUGGUGCUAGAGUUAGCUGCUCAGGUCUUAGAAGAAAAGGACAUUGGGUUUGGAAUGGUUGACUCCCAUAAGGAUGCCAAAAUUGCUAAGAAAUUAGGUUUGCAUGAGGAGGGCAGUGUCUAUGUUUUUAAAGAAGACCGGGUAAUUGAAUUUGAUGGACUGCUCGCUGCAGACACCCUUGUGGAGUUCCUUCUGGACCUUUUAGAAGAUCCGGUUGAGAUCAUUGACAAUACUCUGGAGUUGCGAGCCUUUGACCGUAUGGAAGAAGACAUUAAACUUAUUGGCUUCUUCAAGAGUCAGGACUCUGAGCAUUAUCUGGCUUUCCGAGAGGCAGCUGAACAGUUUCAACCUUUUAUCAGAUUUUUUGCUACUUUUGACAAAUCUGUUGCAAAAGAACUGACUCUGAAAAACAAUGAGGUUGACUUUUAUGAGCCCUUCAUGGAGGAACCAGUCACCAUUCCAGACAAACCUUACACUGAGGAAGAGCUGGUGGCCUUCAUAUCAGAGCACAGGAGACCAACUCUGAGAAAACUCAGGGCAGAACACAUGUUUGAGACCUGGGAGGAUGAUUUAAAUGGGAUUCACAUUGUCGCCUUUGCAGAGGAGGAGGAUCCUGAUGGUUUUGAGUUCUUGGAGAUACUGAAGGAGGUGGCAAGAGACAACACACAUAAUCCAGAACUGAGCAUUGUGUGGAUCGACCCAGAUGACUUUCCACUGCUCAUUCCUUACUGGGAGAAAACCUUCAAAGUUAACCUCUUCAAACCACAGAUUGGUGUUGUCAACGUUACAGAUGCGGACAGUGUUUGGUUGGAUAUACCUGACGAUGAAGAUCUGCCUUCACCUGAAGAGCUGGAAAACUGGAUAGAAGAUGUGCUCUCUGGAACAGUAAACACAGAGGAUGACGACGAUGAUGAUGAUGACGACGAUGAUGAUGACGACGAUGAUGAUGAUGAUUAAUGAUCAGAUACUGUGAAUACAGAUGUUAACCUCAAAUAAAUAGAAAUUGCUCUCUUUACAAAGAGAGAACUAUUUUAUGUCUGAACAUUUUGAAAUAAUUGCGUACAUUUUGUACAUCACUGGAAAACGGCAUUGUCCAUUUAUGAAUGUUAAAUAAAAAAAAAGAAAUCUAAUUGAAAUUUGAUGGUCAUAAUAAGGCUAAAAUAAGAAUGAUAAUUCAUUUACUUGAAGCCGCUCCAAACUGGAAUUUCCUAAUGGGAUUAAAUAUUUCACUUUGCA